AAACGACUUUGCGUUCAUUCAUGACGAAAAUGCCAGUUUCAGGAUGAAUAAGGAAAUAUUAUGAAGAGUUGGAUGUAAUAUUAUUCUAAUAACCAUUAACCUACAAUGUCUGCGCCAAAUAAGCCUCCAGAACAGAAUAAACCACUACCAGUAUUUAACCUGCUGCCCAAGGUGAUAAACGGCGGCAUCGCGGGCGUGGUGGGCGUGACCUGCGUCUUCCCCAUCGACAUGUGCAAGACGAGGCUGCAGAACCAGCACAUAGGGCCGAAUGGCGAGAGGCAGUAUCGGAAUAUGCCGGACUGCAUCAGGCAGACUCUCCGGAGCGACGGGUUCUUCGGCAUGUACCGCGGCUCGGCCGUCAACAUCCUGCUCAUCACGCCGGAGAAGGCAAUCAAGCUGUCCUCCAACGACAUGUUCCGGCAUUACUUGACCAAGCCUAACGGUGAGCUGCCGGUGACGCGUCAGAUGCUGGCGGGCGGCAUGGCGGGCGCGUGCCAGGUCAUCAUCACCACCCCCAUGGAGCUGCUCAAGAUACAGAUGCAGGACUCCGGCAGGCAGGCUGAUUUGGCCAAAAAGGCCGGCAUACCGUUCGAGCGAGUCAGUGCCCUCCAAGUGGCCAAGCGUCUGGUGCGGGAGCGCGGGGUGCUGGGCCUGUACCGCGGGUUCCGCGCCUGCGCCACCAGGGACAUCAGCUUCAGCAUCAUCUUCUUCCCCACCUACUCGCUUGUGAGUGACUUGGGACCCAAGCUGGAGGAUGGGGCCACGCCGUUCUGGUGGUCGUUCAUAUCAGGGCUGACGGCUGGCUCUAUAGCGGCGUUCCUGGACACCCCUGUAGAUGUCAUGAAGACUCGAUUACAGACCAUAGACAAAGUUGGAGCCGCUCCAAAGUAUAAGGGCCUCGUUGACUGUGUAAAGACCACAUACAAAGAAGAAGGUUUCUUCGCGUUCUUCAAAGGCGGAGGGUGUCGGGUGAUGGUGAUUGCGCCUCUCUUCGGUAUAGCACAAACUGUCUACUACUUCGGAAUAGGAGAGGAUAUACUAGGGUACAAGAAGUGAAGACAAUCUAGCGACAUAUUAGAAGAAAUGCUGAAAACUUAAAAU